AUGCAAUUGAAGCCCUUCAACUCCUUGAGCAUCGCGUUCAUGAUGGGUGGCGCAUUCUUGAUCCUUUUCCUCUGUAGCUUCCUCGAAUUCCCUUCUAUAUCAACCUCAAUCCAACCCAUGAAAGAUCCCAAUCUCUCUCUAUCUCUAACCAAGUCCACGCCUGACCCAUUUACCAAUUUGAUCAGUGCCUUCAAGAAAUGGGACUCUCAAGUGGGUUGUGCCCAUUUCAGAGGCAAGCAUCAUGAGGCGUUACUUCAAAGCCAAAAUCAAAAUGGUUCUUCUUCUUCUCUGCAACAAGUUCAACUUGGCAUUGAAUCUGAGUGUAGGGAGCCCAAGGUUGAGCAUAUCAGCGUCAUGGUCAAAGGGUGGACUUGGAUUCCUGAUAAUUUGGAUAAUUUGUAUUCGUGCCCCUGUGGGUUGAGCUGUUUGUGGACUAAAUCUUCCGUUCUUGCUGACAAGCCUGAUGCCUUACUGUUUGAGACUACUACGCCUCCGCUUCAGAGAAACACUGGAGAUCCACUUCGUGCGUACAUGGAUCUUGAGGCUGGCAGGAAGAAAUCUGGCUUUGAGGAUCUAUUUAUUGGUUAUCAUGCCAAAGAUGAUGUGCAGUGCACCUAUGCUGGUGCACUCUUUCACAAUGGUCGGAAUUAUCACGUGUCUUCAUAUAAGCACAAUGAUACACUUGUUUAUUGGUCAUCAUCGCGUUGUCUGCCUCAAAGAAAUAAGCUUGCCUAUAAGCUUCUCAGCUUACUACCUCACCAUUCGUUUGGAAAAUGCUUGAACAAUGUUGGUGGCUUGGACAUGGCCCUUUCGUUCUACCCUGAGUGUGCCAGUGAUGCUAGUGUCAGUCAGAAAUGGUGGGACCAUUUACAUUGUGCUAUGUCUCACUAUAAGUUUGUUUUAGCUAUCGAAAACACAAUGACAGAGAGUUAUGUGACGGAGAAGCUAUUUUAUGCUCUAGAUUCUGGUGCAGUUCCUAUCUAUUUUGGUGCCCCUAAUGUCUGGGACUUCGUCCCUCCUCAUUCAAUAAUUGACGGCACUAAAUUUAGCAACUUGGAGGAAUUGGCUUCUUAUGUGAAAGCCCUUGCCAAUGACCCAGUUGCCUAUGCCGAGUACCAUGGAUGGAGAAGAUGCGGCGUAAUGGCGAAUUACGUAAAAACCCGUGCAUUGAGCCUUGACACAUUACCAUGCAGACUCUGUGAAGCUGUUAGCAGAAAAGGUGGGAGAAAUGCAAGAGGCAAGUGA